AUGGACCAGCGUCAGGUAAAGGCCACCUUAAAGCAUAUUUUUGAAAAGACUACGUUUUUGCUUCUUGCGAUCACAACUUCUCGUCCUAUAGGUCUCUUCUGGCACCUCACAGACAUCCAUGUGGAUAUGGACUACGAGAAGCAUUCUUGUCAGGGACUAUUGGGUGACCAAGAGUGCGACUCACCUCUAAGAUUGUGGCAGUCAGCGCUAAACGCCACUCGUCAAGUGCUCCAUACAGCCCCGGAUUUUGUUGUCUUUUCCGGAGACUCUGUCACCCACGGCAACAUUACGCAGGAUGCCUUCGAACGUACCAUGAAGAUAGUGGCUUCAGCUUUGAAGUCCGUUUUCCCAUCGGAUAGCUCUAGGCAGCAACAGAACAACUCCGUCCCGGUAAUCCUCACUGUGGGCAACCAUGACGUCUUCCCGGAUAACGAUAUGUCCGUUGAGGCGGGUGACGCGGAUCGACGUCAGUGGUGCACUCGUCUCGGUUCAAGUCCGACACUUUGGGGCGAUUGGAUUGCAAAUGCCCCUGAUGCUGAUGUGGAUAAAUUUAACGAUGGUUGUUUCUACUCCCAUCGGAUUCAAAUCGGCAAAACGGGGCAAAAGCUGCGUAUCAUCUCCCUGAAUGGCCUCCCCUACAGUCCUCGAAAUAGAAGAAGCAAUCUCAGCGACCCUGAUCCCCUUGGUCAGUUCGAAUGGCUUGAAGCACAACUUCACUCUGCUCGGCAUGAGAGCCAAAAGGUCGUGAUUGUGAUGCAUUUUCCCUUGGGGGCACCUGAGAAUUCUCCCGUGAAAUUUCGUCACCUUUACGGGGUCUACAAUCAUCGCUUGCUCAAAAUCCUCACUGAAUUCGCUGAUGUGGUCGCCUUUGGCCUUUUCGGCCACCAGCACACGGACUCAUUUCGUUUUAUUUCCUCUACUUCUGAGGAUGGAACGAAGAGGAACCCCCUCAUAUCUCUAUUCAGUACACCUUCUAUCAGUCCAAUGAAUCUUACGAAUUUGGGCGCCUUUAAUCCACGCAUCCGUGUUUUUAACUACUCAGUUACACCAACAUCUCUCCAACUACAUGACUUCCACCAAUUUUACCUUAACCUCUCCAGCAUUACUUCCGUCGCGGAGGCCCCAUGGAGUCUUGAAUAUAGUGCCACCAAAGCCUACAACAUUUCCGAUUUAUCAGCUCGAAGCUUGGAGGCCUUAAUGUCACGUCUAGAAAUUAAUCAAACUCUGUGGUGCGCCUACUGGGACCACGAAUUGGGAGGCCUUAAUCAUUCCUCUGGCCCGUGUCCGGAACUUCGCUCGUCUAGACACUGUCGACAUCUAUGCACGAUGCGAAACCUGCACUAUACUGCCCUGGAUAACUGUCUUCGUGGCUGUGGUGAUGCUUCGUCCCUCGUCUCUGCACGCCCGGGUGCAGAUCAAGCGGAUAGCUGGAACGCAUUGCCUGUAGUGGCAUUGGUAAUUGUUGCCUUCCUCGCUAUCCUCUUCGGAGUCGUUUUGUUGGCAAACCGAGAGAUAUGUCGGAGGAGUGGAAGAAGGGGCGAUCGAAGGGGACGUAGGCGAAGGGAGAGGGGGGGAGGACAUACACGGGGAGGUUAUCUCAUCACUUACCACCAUGCAGCACCGAAUGUCGGGAUAUCUGGCGCGAGGAGGUCUGCAGGCGAGGUGGAUUUAGAGGAAGAGAAAGCGUUGAAUGCUGAUGUAGAAGAUGGAGCUUACGACGCAGAUGCUAGUGGUGAUGAAGAGGAGGAUGUGAGGUUAAUGGAUGAUCUCGUCAAGCUUUCAACUUCUGGAAGGAGUGGAGAAGGAGGUGGAGAGACGUACUUCUCGGUUUACAGCUCUCUGGAACGUCUGUGUCAGAAUCAGCAUGAUCAAUUCGAUGUCGGCAUGGAGGGUGAUCGACCUGGUGCAAACAGUGGUCCACUUUGA